AUGAAGAAGAAGCUCGAUACCCGUUUCCCUGCUGCUCGGAUAAAGAAAAUUAUGCAAGCAGAUGAGGAUGUUGGAAAGAUAGCACUAGCCGUGCCUGUUUUAGUGUCUAAAGCUCUAGAGCUAUUUCUGCAAGAUCUUUGUGACCGCACUUAUGAGAUAACUCUUCAAAGAGGGGCAAAAACCAUGAAUUCGUUGCAUUUAAAACAUUGUGUACAAAGCUAUAAUGUCUUUGACUUUCUGAAGGAUGUAGUCAGCAAGGUUCCUGAUUAUGGCCAUGGUCACGGCCAUACUGAUGCUGGUGGUGCUGAUGAUCAGGCCAUUCCCAAAAGAAGAAAAGCAGCAGGUGAUGAUUGUAAUGACAGCGAUGAAGAAGCUAAGAGGGGCAAGAUGAUUGAGUUGGGCCACCCUAGCCCUACUGGUAGGGGAAGAGGCCGAGGUAGAGGAAGAGGACGUGGUCGAGGUCGAGGACGGGCUAGUCUAAGAGAGGGACAUCAUUAUGAGACCGAGUUUGACCCCUUUCCUUCUAUUCAGCAAGUUAGCCAACAGAUUCCAGAUACAAAUGUGAUUAUACAUGAUAUCUCAGAGCCAAGGGAGUUACCAAAGGAGAAUAUUGUUGCUGCUGUUGAAAACUCCGACUCACUCCGUAAUAUUGAUCUGAAUGCCAAUAUGACCGAAAAUGAUGACAAAAAGGCCAGCACAGUUGCUAAUCUCACAGUCGCUAUUCCUGAAGCUGCUAAACCCGAUGCCGCUAAUCCUGCAGCUGCUAAUUCUGAUGCAGCUAAUCCUGAAGCCGCUAAUCCUGCAACUGCAAUUCCUGAAGCUGGGAAAACCACACUGUCUGAACCUGCUCCAGCAGACAGCAUGCAUCACGAAGAAAUUCCAGGGUGGUCCCUUUCUGAGGUGGACAAGAUGGCCAUUGAUACAAUGCAGCUUGCACAGCGAAUGGAAGAGGAUGAUGAAGAUUAUGACGAGGAGGACGAGUGA